AUGGCUUCUAGUGAUCAAAAUCAAACGUUCGAAAUAGGCCAACGAAAGCGCAUCGCUCUCGUUGCUCACGAUAACAAGAAGAGUGAAUUGCUCGAAUGGGUCAAACGAAAUCGUGAUCAGUUACUCAAACAUGAACUUCAUGCAACUGGCACAACAGGAUCUCUGGUAGAAUCAAUCUUGGGUAUCUCAGUAAUCAAAUACAAAUCAGGUCCAUUAGGUGGUGAUCAACAACUUGGAGCAAAAAUCGCUGAACAAUGUAUUGAUAUGUUGAUUUUUCUCGCUGAUCCACUGCAAGCUCAACCACAUGAUUCGGACGUUCGAGCGUUAACUCGAUUAGCAAGUGUUUGGAACAUUCCCAUGGCAUGUAAUCUCUCUACAGCUGACUUUCUUCUCACGUCACCGUACAUGAAUAGUACUUAUCAACGAAUCGUUCCAACUUUUGAACAUUAUUUGAAACGAAAUAUCAAAACGAACCAGUAG